UUCGCCUGAUUGAUGCUCUAGUUUAGCCCAGUAUACACUGGACAUCGGAGUAAAACGCCACACAGUGUCUCGGUUCCCCUCAAAUCCUACCCAGAUGUUGGUGAUAGCUGCCUGAAGCCCUGCAUAGAUGUCUGGAAAGAUCGAAUGCUGUUCUAGUCAUCUCUGUCUAUGCGCCUCUCUCCGCAGUCUAGACGCUUACUCUCUGCAGGCAACCGAUGAACCACGACUAUUACUAUGUCUCAAAAACCCGUCACAUGUGUAUAUAAACCCAUAAGCGUUUCCACAAAGGCCUGUCUCCCAGUUCCCUUUCUUCAUAUACUCCAAGUCAUUCGUUCUCGUAUCUCACCAUGCGUCUCUCAUACGUUGCUUUUUUCGCCUCUACAGCCACCGCUCUAUCGUUCCCUCAUGUCUCUUCUGUCACUAAACUGUUUGCACGGAAAGGCGGCGAUGAUGGAAACGGGAAGUGUCCAGCAAUUUGGGGAACCAUCUCUAAAGAUCUGACAUCCAGAUUUCUGACUAACGGUCAAUGCAACCCAGACGCCAGAGCAGCCAUCCGUGCAGUCUUCCACGACUGCGGGGCAUGGAACACCGCUCAAGGAGCCACUGGUGGCUGUGAUGGUAGUCUUGCUCUUGCACCCGGAGAAAUCGAUCGAGAUGAAAACAAAGGUCUUGCCAAUAUCAUCAGCACGCUCAAAAAUCUGGCCUCUCAAUACAAGGUCGGCGUUGCAGACAUGAUCGUCUUCGCGGGGAAUCACGCAAUCGUCACUUGUCCAGGCGGACCCCGAGUGCAAACCUGGAUCGGCCGCAAAGACUCUACCACACCCGCACCGAACGGGCUUCUGCCAGACGUCAACGCCCCGGCAGCAGACCUCUCAGCUCUCUUCACCGCCAAAGGCUUUAGCGACCGUGAUCUCGCUGCUCUUCUAGGCGCUCAUUCUACAUCUAACCAGUUCAACUUCGACACCUCAACUUCCAACGUCGGCAAACCGCAGGACUCUACUCCUGGUAUCUGGGAUGUCAAGUACUACUCCGAAACUCUGAACCCGCCCCAAGGCGUUGUCGUAUUUCCAUCCGACAGCAAGCUUGCUAAGUAUGCGGGUGUCGGGAAAGAGUUUAGCGGGUUUGUAAAUAAUGCUGGGAAGUGGAAUGGAAAGUUUGCCGACGCCAUGGCUAAGAUGGCAUUGUUCGGUAGUGGGGGUAAGACGAGCGGUAUGUCGGACUGCACUGAUUCCUUGCCUAAGGAGACGAAUGCAAAGAGGGAGGUCAAGGCUACGAAUCCUUUUAUGCCGAGGAAUUGA